AUGUUUUCACACUUCAGGAACGCGAAAGAUGGACCAGAUAACCUGAUUGACGAGCUGGCAGCCUCAGUUGCGCUGGGGCUAGAGGUGGCUGUGGACACACAUUACGCGAAAUCGAAGGUUCCGGAGGGUGCUCUUGCGGGUGCCAUGGCGUUUGUGGUCACGUACCUGUGGCUGGUUUCCAAGGGUCGUGAUCGCGCCAUCGCUGACACGGGAGCGAAACGGGCUGCAAAGAAGGCUGGAGCACCCGACCUGAACGUCACAAUCAUUGUAGCAGCGUGGAAGUACUUUCGCGUGGCUGUGAAAAAGAGCCACGAUGCAGAGGCCGUCAAGAAGCAUGUGCUGGAUAGUUUCGAGGGAGCGGGCAACAAGAGUAUCGGACCCCUCAUUUACGAGAUGGUCGAUGUCGUGAGGACAUGGUGUUACGAUCCCGAGGCAGCCGCAAAGAUGAAGGGAGAUGGGAUGUUUGUGGAGUGCGGCGAGGAUCUCGCCAAAGCCCGGAAAUGCGAGACUUCGCGUCCGCGCGCCAAGAAAACAUUUGCAAAGGAUGACAAGAUUGAGGAGAUUUUUGAUGACGAUGCAUAA